AACCACGUGACCCACUUCUCCCAUGUCCUUCAGUAGUUCAUUCAGCAUGAUGGCUGCGGAUGCUGCGGAUGCUCUCUGCAGCAUCCUGCAUCCGCACCGGCUCCCUCUGCUCUUCCUGACCGUCACACUCUCCUCUCUGCCGGCCCCGACCGCAGCGCUGCUCGGGGUGCGUCCAGAAGACACCCAGAGCGGAGAGCUGUCAGUGCAGGAUGGGAUACUGAGAGCGACGGAGGGGACCCGCUUCAUGCUGAGGGUUUACUACUCUGCGUCUCCAGGUGCGGACCAUCCAAACAGCCCGAACAUCACCACUCCAGCCGCUCCGUGGAUCGCGUUUAUAGAAGAGCCAGGCGGGGACAGCGGAGACGCAGAGAGGAGAGUCCGGUCAGGGGGGAACCUUUGCGCAGAGGAGAAUGCCCGAAGCUCAGACAUCGAGCUCCUUGGUUCUUUCAGAUCCACUUCAAGUCACAACUCCGUCUUGGUGGAGCUGUUCGCUAAAGACUUGCGCAGAGGCGAGGUGAUCAAAUACUACUCCAUGUGCGCCUUUGAUGGAGUUAAAUGGGAACAUUUGAGCACCAAAGACUUUUGGUUGGCGGUGGCGGAGAAACCUCCAGAGGGGGAUGUGUGGCUCCAGGCUGGUGUGUCGGUGCUUCUACUGGGACUGUCCGCGCUCUGCAGUGGGCUGAACAUCAGCAUGCUGGCCCUGGACCCUGUGGAGCUCCGGGUCCUGCAAAACAGUGGCACGGAGAAGGAGCAAAAAUACGCACGGAAAAUAGAAUCCGUACGUAAACAUGGAAACUACAUCCUCUGCACUGUGGUGCUGGGAAACGUGCUCACUAACACUUGCUUCGUGGUCUGGAUGUGUCAGAUUUUAGGGAUGACUGCUUUCUCCACUGCCUCCUGUACUCUGGGUAUAUUCUUUAUUGGGGAGAUUUUACCUCACUCCGUGGCGUCCAGGCACAGUCUCGCCAUCGCCUCCAAGACUCUGUGCGCCACCCGCCUGCUCAUGCUGGUGUUCUUUCCUAUCGCCUACCCAGUCUCCAAGAUUCUGGACAUCAUGCUACACCAAGAGAUCAGCAGCUUUUACACUAGAGAGAAGUUAGUGGCCAUGCUGCGCGUCACAGAUCCUUAUCACGACUUGGUCAAAGAGGAGCUCAACAUAAUCCAGGGAGCCUUGGAGCUCAGGACCAAGACCGUGGAGGACGUGCUGACCCCCCUGUCAGACUGCUACAUGCUGUCCUCAGACGCAGCCCUGGACUUCUGCACAAUGUCCGACGUGAUGCAAAGUGGUUUCACUCGGAUUCCGGUCUAUGAGAACGAGAGAUCCAACAUUGUAGACAUCCUGUUUGUCAAAGACUUGGCGUUCGUGGAUCCUGACGACUGCACUCCCCUCAAAACUAUCACUCAGUUUUACAAGCACCCCAUGCACUGCGUGUUCAAUGACACCAAGCUGGAUGUGAUGUUGGAGGAAUUUAAAAGAGGUAAGUCUCACCUGGCAGUGGUGCAGAGGGUGAACAGUGAGGGGGAAGGAGACCCUUUCUAUGAAGUGAUGGGCAUUGUCACACUGGAGGAUGUCAUCGAGGAGAUCAUCAAGUCUGAGAUUGUGGAUGAAACAGACCUGUACACUGAUAACCGGACUAAAAGGAGGGUAUCCAACCAUGAGAGAAAACAGCAAGAUUUCUCUAUUUUCAAACUGGCUGAAAAUGAGCUGAAAGUCAAGAUCUCCCCUCAGCUGCUGCUUGCAACACAUCGCUUCUUGGCUACAGAGGUGGAGCCGUUCAGGCCAUGUCACCUGUCAGAGAAGAUCUUGCUGCGUCUCAUAAAACAUCCCAGUGUUGUGCAGGAAGUAAAAUUCAACCCCAAGAACAAGCAUUCUCCUCAACACUACCUCUUCCAAAGAAACAAACCUGUCGACUACUUUGUCCUCAUUCUGCAGGGACGGGUGGAGGUUGAAAUAGGAAAAGAAGCUCUUCGCUUUGAAAAUGGAGCAUUUUCCUACUAUGGGAUGCCAGCACUUAUUCCACCACUGCCUAUUGGUCAGAGGUACAGUUCCAGAGCCAGUGGCCUGAACCAGUCUGACUCAUUACUGAGUGGAGGCAGUGUGGGUCAACUCACGAUGGGAGGAGGGAUCUAUUUACCCGACUACUCAGUCCGACAGCUCACGGACCUGCAGAUCAUCAAGAUCACCAGAAACCACUACCAAAAUGCUCUGACUGCCACACGGAUGGACAGCUCCCCUCAGACCCCAGACCCAGUGGAUUCAGACACUAAAGGGAGACCAGUUCCAGAAGCCCGUUCACACGCAUCGCCCAUGCCUCUGACGCACACACAUACACGGCUGGGACUGGCACGCCUCGCACACCUCCACCCCCACGGUGGUCUUCGCAGCACCUCGCAUCUCAAUGAGAGAAACCGCAUAGUCCGCAGUAAGUCGGAUGGCCAAAGGAGUCCAAAUGAUACUGUCUUUCUUCGCAUGGAUGAGAUUCCCUAUAUCCAUGAAGACCGUCCAGAAAAUCAUGGAGAGAAUGACGGUCCGACAGUCGAGUCUCAGCCGUCCACAUCUCCCUUCAUCAGCUCUCUGUCCUUGUCCAGCUCUGACGAGACCAUAGGAAAGAAGCUGUUGCGUAAAUUGAGUAACAAGAGGAGAAAAAAGUCUCGGGAUGGUGACAGGAGUUUGGAGGAAGGUUUAGAGCAGUCGCCGGUGACGAGCUAGCACAGUGGCACAGAGGAAGAGGGAUAAAGAUUGCACCUUCUUCCUCUUUAUUAUCCACUGCUUCUCUUCAAUAAACAACUGGCCCUUGAGAGACUCCCAUGAUGCUCCGACAAAACGCUCACAGAGACUGAGCCAUCCUAUCUGCUGUAGACACCGGUAAUACUCAGGUCCCCACUGGCACAAUCUGCCCUACCUGUGCCUGUUGAGAAUGCUGAUCAUAAGGACUGGCCAGAAA